ACUGCCAAAAAAGCAUUGUGUGUCUAUGUUACACUAAAUACUCCAUCGUAAAGCCGGCGCGUCCUCAAACGUUUUGUUAAAUAAUUUUCCAAUUGAAACGUUCAACAAACUCCGACCAAAAUGUCGUUCAAGGGCAAUCCGAAAGUACAAAAGGUGAUGGUGCAGCCCAUCAAUUUGAUUUUCCGAUACUUACAAAAUCGUUCCCGCGUUCAAGUCUGGCUGUACGAGAACAUUUCGCUUCGCAUAGAAGGACAUAUCGUUGGCUUUGAUGAAUACAUGAACUUGGUGUUAGACGAUGCCGAAGAAUAUCACACAAAAACAAAGAAUCGACGUCAAUUGGGCCGAAUAAUGCUGAAAGGGGACAACAUCACGCUCAUACAAAAUGUGAAUCCGACCGCUAAUUGAUGGGUGAUGUUGAAAGUUUGGUUAUGAUGAGUGGUGUAAACAAUCGUAUCAUUUAAGUGUGAGAAUGAUCGCAAAUAAAAAUAUUAAAUUCUAAUUUCACGCA